UUGUAGGGUAAAAAAAUAUUGCUUGCCAAAUUUUACAGUUCUAAGGUGGUUCUCGGUCAACGGGAAGUACCCUAUAAAUUUUGGUUCCCUUCAGAGUGUCGAACUUUUUUUGCGACAUAUAAUACUGCCGUAUCUUUUUUAAAGGUUAACUUAGACGUUUGAUUUUUUCAUAAUUUUAAAAGACUGUAGACUGCUGUAGACCCUGAGUAGGUAUAUGGUUUUAAUUUCAACUCGAUACUUCCACGCGUUCCCGAGAUAAAGGGUCUUGACCAAAGAGUAAAGUAAGUAUUUUGACAGAUAGACGGACGCCCGGACGGAUGGACGGACAGACUGGCUACAAAGUGAUCCUGAUUCUAUAAGGGUUCUGUUUUUUCUAUGCGACAACAUUACAUACGCUUUUAAAUUUACCGCUUUUUGCUAUUAACGGAAAUUACUUGCCAAAGUAAAACUGCUCAUUAAAACUAGAGAUGGAAAUCUGUCACAUUUUUAUUUACAAAACAUGCUUUUAUACUAGUGAAAAUUUCAUUACUAAACCCACACUCAAAAAAUAUUUUCAUGGUUAAUUAAAAAUUGAUAAUCGUGACUCUGCUAUGGCUAAUUAAAUAACUUUGAUAACAGAAAAUGGACUCGAAUUUACGGAAUCGAGUUUGAUGAGUUAAAUCGAGUCAUUAGGUUAGGUUCAUAACUGUCACGAUUCCCGAACGAAAGCUCAGAAGUCCCCUUUUUUUAUUGGAUUAAAGGUCUUGUAACCAGGCCAUAAAAUAUUAAAAAAAACUCCCAGCUGUCAAGCGGGCAGUCAACUCGUAUCUGUCAGCGGUUCUAUUAUUUUGCCUGAAUGACGACAGUCUAUUUUUGAAAAUAAACUAAAUAUAAUGCGAUUUGCAUAAUAAAGCCAUUGAGGUCUGAAUCAAAAAACCGGAUCGCGGGUGCGAUAAAAUGGCUUCGGCAUACGUCCUGUCGUUUAUGUUCGUACUGACGCAGUAUUUGCUGCUGAACUGUGCGUCGGCGGCCGUACACAACCACCAGGUGGAUACUCAAGAAAGGGAGAGCGAUGGUAGCUUCCGUGCGAGAGACUUCGAGCACUACGGGGACUCCGGGCAUAAUUCAGAGUUCGACCACGAAGCCAUUUUAGGGAGCGUGAAGGAAGCCGAGGAGUAUGACCAGCUAAGUCCUGAGGAGGCGAAGCGGCGGCUCGGCGACCUGCUACUGAAGAUGGACCUCAAUGGAGACAAAAUUAUUGAUCAGAUUGAGCUCAAACAGUGGAUCUUAAAUUCUUUCCGCAAGUUAUCCCGAGAAGAGACAGAGGAGAGGAUGAAAGAAGCCGAUGACAACCAUGAUGGUGUAGUCACAUGGACUGAAUACUUGUCGGAUGCCUUCGGAGUGGACUCCGAGGAGGAGAUUCUGCCUGAAGACACAGGGGAUACUGGCAUGUUGGUGCAGGAGGAAAAGCAGAUGUGGGCGGCGGCGGACGCCAACGGGGACGGGACAUUAGACAUCGACGAGUUUGAGGUAUUCACAAAUCCGGAGGAACACGAGAAGAUGCACGCGUUCCUGCUCGCGCAGACGAUGCGGGAAAAGGACAGCAACAACGACGGCAGCAUCAGCUUCGAGGAGUUCAUCGGAGACAGGGGUGGUCACGACAAGGCGUGGAUGUUGGCGGAACGCGACAAGUUCGACCACGAGCUCGACGCGGACCGCGACGGGAAACUCAACACGGAGGAGAUUCGUCGCUGGAUCAUACCCGAUAACGACGAAAUCGCGGUAGAAGAGGUGGAACAUCUCUUCGCAUCAGCCGAUGACAAUUCAGACGGACGUCUCAGCUUCACCGAGGUCCUCGACCACUAUCAGCAGUUCGUUGGCUCAGAAGCUACGGACUACGGCGACCAUCUCAUGGGCGACCACUUUGACGAUGAGUUGUAGGCGAGGUAUAUCUAACAAUUUUAACUCGUCAGGUGGCUACGGCCAUCAGAUAGGUGAAAACUUGACGGUGAAUUUUGGCGAGAUCUAUGUACCACCAUAAAGCCACUAUCAGCUGUUCCUUGGGUCAGAAGAUAUGGACUACGGCGACCAUCUCAAGGGCGACCAUUUCUAUGAUGAGCUCUAAGCGAGGUAUAUGUACCUACUUUAACGGAGCUACUCGAGAGGUUACUAACUACGACCAUCUCAUAGGUGACCAUUUUGACGUUGAACUUUAGCGAGAUCUGUUUACCACCUUAAACAUAACGACUAGCCCUUAUCAAGAAGCUACGGAUCGUGGCGACCAUCUUAAGGAAAUCAUUUUGAUGAGCUUUAGGCGAGGUAUAUGUACCAACUUUAAAGGGGCUACUCUACAUUGCAUUAUAAUAAGAUUUUUAAAAGGCGCCGGCAUAUAAUGAACAGCUCUCAACAAUGGGACACUAAAAUGGGGCCUACAUUAUAUACAAUUUUGGGGGUAUUUUAAAGAGAGUAGACGAAGCCAUCUAUUCUGCUUAGUUAAGCAUAGGUAAUAUUCAAAGCUACGUUUGAAGAGUUAUGUAAUAAAUAUUACAUACAGUUAAGAUUUAUACGUUUAUGUUAUUUAACUUUUUUUUUAUAUAAUUUGGGUGGGAAUGCUUAACUCAGCAAUAGUAGAUGAAAAUGAAUGAGCUCUACCUCAUGUGCCAUUUUAACCUAUUGACCGCCACAGUCGGCUCUGGCCGUCAUCGGAAAGUCUUGCCAAGGACGCCAACGUCGGCUACAGCCGACAGCUUCGCCAAUUGAAUAGGAAAUUUCGCGGAACUCCAUAAUAUUCAGUUUCGCUUAAAUAAUCGCGUGUGCCUGGCGUCCGGGGCGCGGCAUAUUCCUUCGCCGUCUGGCGUUCAAGAGGUUAAUAAAGGGCUGUGAGUGAGAUGGCCUUUUGCGACGUAACCACCAACUGCCAAGAGUCCUUUUAUGCGAAACGACACAUAUUACCAGUCGUUUCUGCGCAAAUAGUUAUUCUUAAAAGUGGUGAGUAACCAAAGUUUAUUCAGGCAAAUGGCUCAGAAAUAUCUACACGACUAUUGACAGAUGUGUACAUAUUUUUGAACAUUCGCCUGUGAAUGUAUUUUGCUAAUGGCACUAAGUCAGUCGGAGUUUGUACAUAAGUAGAAUAAUUCUAAAUAGGUAGGUGUAUAUUGUGAAGCAGUGUUCAUAAUGAUAUUGAAUGAAUUUUAUUUUAUUGGCUUGAUUUUAUUUACUUUGAUUCUUAAAUGAUUAAUUUGCGUUCAUAUUUUCUGUAUUUUAAUAUUUAUAAAUUAAUUCUAUGUACGUAAUAAAUAAUUUGAGACCAUAGUAGACAUAUAGACAGUAGUGAUAAGUUUUUGAAAUGUAAAGCAAUGAAUAAUAAAAAAAUAUUAUGUAACACAAUAAUAUAAACAACUACUAGCUACCUAAAUGGUGUCUUGUAGCACCUUGACUGCCAACAAAAUAAAUAAUUAUAUUUAUAUCUCGUUCACAUCGUAUUGUUACGUGUAUUUUGUGUUUUCACUAGUUCUCACAAAUGUUGUAUCCGUUAGAUGACUAGAGGGUCUUUCAUUAAUUACAUCACACAAAUUUCUAGGUUUUUUGACCCCUCCCCCCUCCUUGUCACAAUUGGUCACAUUUGGCAAACCCCUCCCCCCUGGUGUGACGUCACAUUUUUCGCAAUUUUGUUUUCAACAAAAUUGGCAAAUCGAAUUAGGUAUUAUUGAUAUUAUAUCAAAAUAUUUUCUAUAAAAGAAAUAUUAGUAAUUUUAUAACCCAAAACUGAUUCGGAAAUAAAACUUAAACGAAUAAAAACUAUUAUCGUUCCAAAAACUUUUAUUUAACUGUGCAGCAAACAAAACAAUUAAAUAAAUUUUCGAUUACUGAUGAAGUCAAAGUGACGUCACAAAGUUUGUGACUCCCCCUCCCCCUUGUCACAAUAUGUCACAUUUUCUUGACCCCCUCCCUCCCCCUAAACGUGUGAUGUAAUUAAUGGAUGAUCCCUAGUCAUAAUUACUUGUACAUAAUAUUACAGCAUAGACAAAAGAAUACUUUCAAGUGGGGUAAUUUCAGACAUAGGUAUAAAAAAAAAAAAAAAAAACAACAUAAUCUAGCUUACUUGGCUAGCGCGAUGACCCAAAAUGAGUCUUGGCCUCCAACACAAGAGCACGCCACUUUGCUCGGUCCAGAGCGGACUCGCGCCAGCUUUCGCUGAAGCCGAGCUCACGGAGAUCUGCCUCCACUCUACCCGCCCAACGAUAUCUAGGAUGACCAACAGGACGGCGUCCAGUUGGUCGACCUAAGUAAGUCCUCUUGACUGCCCGAUCGUCACCCAUCCUUUCGAGGUAGCCAAGCCAUCGGAGACGAUGUGCUUUGGUCUCACCUAUUAUAUUCAGCUCGGCUAUUCGUUCUUCUAUAAUGGCAUUAUUUCGUAACUGCAUUCUAGCAAGUUGAAAAAAAUUCCCUCCUAUAAAACUCCUUAAAUAAUAUUCUAUGAUUGCAACUGCUGUUAGCCACGUUCUUAUAACUGAGAAAUUUUCCUUGACCAAUGUUACCACCCCUGUCUCCAGUUACCCCACUUCACCGUCAUAGGGUCGAUACAGACGAACUGCAAUUUGUAUGGGAACUGCAACGACGGCAUUCCCAUACAAGUUGCAGUCGGGUUGCAGUCCAUUUGUACCGGCCCUUAGUACUUUGUUUUUGCGCAACAUCAGUUUUAAUUUACUUUGUAAGCAUUAUACUUUUAAUCCGGCUGCAAACGAAAAUAAUAACCAACUUUAAUGCCGACGCAUAAAGUUUAAAGUUGUUAAAACGUAACAUAACUCUAUAUUACCUAAUGUGGUGGGUGCCGAUAUGUCAAAUUUUCCAAUCAUAUCCCUGUUCAUCGAUCUUUAAGUAUGUAAUCUUGUAACACUGAAUUUCUCUAUUGUCCUAAACCCACCUCAUCAUUAAGAUGAUGUUCAUUUUGUAUGUAUCGUCUUAUGGAUUGAUAAUUAGAAUUUUAGUUUUUAGGACUAAUACCAAUUAUUUUUUAUGAAUAUGACAUUGACAUAAUAAUUUAAUUUUUAAAUAUAGAACCUUUAAACAAAUGACAUAUACUGUAGUUACGUCACACGCUAAGACUACAGUCCCAACACAUGUGUCGAAGUCUAGUCAAACGUCCCACAUUGUCGCUUACCAUAAGGACGAGAUUUGCUUGUUAUGGUUCCGUACCCAAAGGGUCAAACAGGACCCUAUUACUGAGACUUCGCUGUCCGUCCGUCUGUCACCAGGCUGUAUCUCAUGA